GGAGGGAGAAAGGAGGAGGAGGAGGAGAGGAGGAGUUCCCCCAGCGAGUGCCGAAGCCCUCUGCUCUGCAUUCCGGCGGAGCUCAGAGGCACACACCGGCCGCAGCCCAGUCCCGGGCCCAAAGACUUGUUGUCUAAAGUAAAGACGAGAGGAAAAAGUUGCUCCGCGCGUGUUUUCCCGCAUUAUUCCCAUUAUUAUUUACGCAUUUUGAUCCGGAACUCUGGUUGUGGAAUGAUUUGCGUUUCGUUUGAGAUCUAUCUGAACUGCGAGAGAAGGUGGUUUAUGUCUUUUUAAGGUACCAGCCUUAAUUCAUCCCAACGCUGUAACUCCUGGUGCAACAUGGUGAUCAUGACAGAGAGCAGCCGGGUGGCUCAGUCCACCCCUGCCCAGGGGAGGCCCCUGCAGGUUGGCUUCUAUGAGAUCAUCCGCACGCUGGGGAAAGGAAACUUUGCUGUAGUGAAACUGGCCAAACACAAAGUCACCAAAACGCAGGUGGCCAUUAAGAUCAUCGAUAAGACCAGGCUGAAUCCCUCCAACCUGGAGAAGAUCUACAGAGAGGUGCAGAUAAUGAAGCUGCUAAACCACCCCCAUAUCAUCAAACUGUACCAGGUCAUGGAGACCAAAGACAUGUUGUACAUCGUGACAGAGUAUGCAAAGAACGGAGAGAUGUUCGACCACCUGACCUCAAAUGGCCGCAUGAGCGAAGACGAAGCACGAAGGAAGUUCUGGCAGAUUCUUACAGCGGUGGACUACUGCCAUCGACACCACAUCGUCCACCGCGACCUAAAGACCGAGAACCUGCUGCUGGACGCGAACAUGAACAUAAAACUAGCUGACUUUGGGUUUGGAAACUUUUACAACGCAGGAGAGCCUCUGUCGACAUGGUGCGGCAGCCCACCUUACGCCGCCCCCGAGGUGUUUGAAGGGAAAGAGUACGAGGGGCCUCAGCUGGACAUUUGGAGCCUUGGUGUCGUGCUUUACGUCCUCGUCUGCGGCUCGCUUCCUUUCGAUGGACCCAGCCUUCCUGCGCUCAGACAGAGAGUCACGGAGGGGCGAUUCAGAAUUCCUUUCUUCAUGUCGCAAGACUGUGAAAAUCUGAUCCGUAAGAUGCUGGUGGUGGACCCAGCCAAGAGGAUCAGCGUGGCUCAGAUCAAGCAACACCGCUGGAUGCUGGCAGACCCGACGGCCGUCCACCAGACCCUCAGCCAUUCCCUCACAGAGUACAACUCCAACUUGGGUGACUACAGCGAGCCUGUGCUGGGCAUCAUGAACACCCUGGGGAUCGACCGCCAGAGGACUAUCGAGUCUCUGCAGAGCAGCAGCUACAAUCACUUCUCUGCUAUUUACUACCUGCUCCUGGAGAGGGUGCGGGAGCAUCGGACGCAGCAGCUGAGCCGCCAAACCUGGAGCCAGAGACCCAGGAGCACCUCCGACUCCACCGGCCCAGAGGUGAUCAUGGAGUCCACCGACAGCUUUAGAACGACAGCGUUUUCAAUUCCAGCCAAAAACCCUCCUCCCGUGUACCCGGAGGUGGAGUGCGACCAAGGCGGAUUGUUCCAGCGGGUGGUGUUUCCAGUGGAGGCCAGCCUGAACAGAUUGCUCUGGAACCGCUCCAUUUCACCUAACAGCCUGCUGGAGACGAGCAUUAGCGAAGAGGUGCGACCGAGGGACCUGGAGGAGGAGGAGGCAACGCAAAGUCUCGGACCCCUGCUCCCUCCCGCCACCACCUCCCGCAGACACACUCUGGCUGAGGUUUCGGCCCGUUUCCACCAGUGCAAUCCUCCAUGUAUAGUGGUCAGUCCCUCUGACGGUGCCUCGUCUGACAGCUGUCUGAAGUCUUCAUCCAGCCCUGCCCCCAGUUUGCAGGCUGCUGUGGGCGAGAUGUCAACACUUCUGGCCUCAGGGGCCGAAGGCGGAGCUCUGCUGCCUGCCGGAGCCCCUCUGGCUCUCUCCUCGCACCUCCUGCCCCAGGCCCAGGGCAGCCUGCCCGCCGCCAGCUUCCAGGAGGGUCGCAGGGCCUCCGACACCUCCCUCACGCAAGGCCUCAAAGCUUUCCGACAGCAGCUGAGGAAAAACACACGCACCAAAGGUCUCCUGGGAUUAAAUAAGAUCAAGGGCCUGACGAGGCAGGCCGUUCCUCCACCCUCCUGCAACCGCGGCAGCAGAGGGUCGUUGGGCCCAGCCUUCUCUGAGCACCGCAGCAUGCUGGAGGAGGUGCUGCACCAGCAAAGGAUGCUCCAGAUUCAGCACCAAGCUCAGCCUCAGGUCCAGGCCGCCCAGACGGGCCCUACCCAGAAUCCCCUGCUCUUUCUGGCACACCAACAGUCACCGUCUCCUCCACCUACCACCGUGUUUGCUUCCUCUCCCCUAUUCGACGCCAACCCGACCCAAACCGCCCUGCCUCCUCAGCAGGCCUCGGUGGGCCUGCAGCACGGACCGUGGCAGCAACCCCUGGAGACGUCCUCCGCUGGCUGCUCCCCGUCCUCCUCGUCCUCCUACUCCUCCACCCUGUCCCCCGUGGCCUCCGCUGCCUAUCUCCUCGAGGCCCGUCUGCACAUCAGCCAGCAACCCCACCCGCACACCUUCGCCGGCUACCAACAGCAGCUCCACUCUUCGACGCAAGGCCCCUUCACCAUCCCGCCCAAACCGGGGAUGUGGAGCAUUGGCGCGGCCUCCCGCGCAAAUCCAGACAUGCAGGAGCUGGGCCUGUCCGGACAGCAGCAGCAGCUCAGUAGCUGCGUGAUGGUGAAGUAAAACUUCCAGCCGUCGAUUGUUCUCUCCGCGCAACGCGGUCGGAGCAAAAAAAUGACUUGACGUUGAGUCCAGUGAGAAGAUUUGAGAAAGAACAAAAAAAAGCAGUCAAAUUUACUCUAUAUUUAACAACAUGAGGUACACAUGUGACGAUGUGUCCGAACACGUGUUUCUGAGAUCAUAUAAGCUAAAGACUAAGCAAUAACCAAACUCUGGACGGGGCGUUAAAUCCGUAUCAAACAGCCAGAGAAGCAAUAAUGACUGAAAGACUCUUCUCCAGUUCUCUAUUCGACUUGAAUGAAACGAGAGCUGGAGCGAACCGACAUUUAUUUCUCACUGAUGCUGUCUAAGUUAGCUCCUUCUUCCUCUUUCUACAUAUUGUUAAAGUUCUCAGUGAUUUUCUUCACUCGCCUGGACAGAAGACCAAAAUGAUUUAUUCCCCCCCCCCCCCCCACUUUGUUCGCCUUUCCGAAGAGACGUUUCUCCGUAGCAGUGCAAUGGACAUGCAGCAUAGUGCCCUAAGCUUACAGACGUUCACUGAAGGAGUCGAUUUGUAUUGAAACUGUGAGUUGUUUUUGUCUUUAGCUACGCAAACGCUGCUUUUACCUCAAGCUGCAAAAAAAAGAUUGCUACGCCCUCGUCAGCCAAAACAAAAUGAAGAUAGCGUCUCGCUGAUUGAGCAAAGCACAAGGUACAUCCGUCAGCUUGGUAGCACCUUACAUGUGUGGAUACGUCAAUCCAUAUUCCCUUCAUGUGAUGAGCACCUUCUCGUUAGAUGCUUUUACUACCUCCUCAGGCAACAAGGCAAACAUUUGGAAACUUCAGAAUCAGUCACAAAAUAUCAGAGGAAAUUUUUUUUCUUUUUUUUUUUUUCACAAGGACAGAACAAAGACUGUGGGAACAGUGCAAUAUUUUACUUGGGAAUAAGACGGAAAGAUGAGGAGCCACAUAACACGGUCAAAAUAACAUGCAUAAUUGCCUGAGGUUUGUCUGUUUUCACCUGUAGUAUGUUUGACCUUGCUGUGCUAGCUAGCUGACUAGAAGAGGUACUCGUUCUGUAACACAUGAUGCUGUAGUGACCUAGAGGAAAGCCUCAAGGAACUUCAAUGUGCUGUCUCUUCCUGCAGCGUGCUUGUAGUUCUCGAAAAAAAAAAAACUGUAAAGGAGGAUUUUGGGUUUUACCAAAGAGCGAACAGCACAAGAGAUGGGUGAUCUAUCAAAGACACACUACUGACGUUUCACUUUUCGAAUGCUGUCUCAAGAUGUAGCACGGUGGUUAGCUGCCAUUUUCACACAAUCUCCUUAGCUUUUUGUGAGAAAAACUCCCGCUGCCACCAAAUCCUUACGCUACGUGUGUGUUGUUAUUGAUAUCUCUAGCUGUUACUAUCAGGACCAUGGUAGUAUUCAUUUUUUUUGUACUUUUGUAGAAAAAUAAUAAUAAUAAAUAAAAAAAAAAAAUCUAAAAUAAAAAGUCAGAAGAUAGCAAUACCAUAUUGUGCGGGAAGUGGAACUUUCUUCUGUUGCCCAUAUGUGGGUAGAAAUAGGCAGACGUGACCCGCAGUGAGAUGAUUGAUUUUGUGCAGGCAGUUCAGAUGACGUAUUACAAAGCUACAAGACAUGUGUAAUAGUGUUAGUUAGUUAGUUCUACCAUAUCUGUGAAACAUCUUGUAGGGGAGCAGUGUUUAUUUUUUCCAAAUCUGGAUCUACUUGGGAAAGUGUUGAUAUUUCUGCCCAACAAUUUUAGGUUGAUUGCACUCACUACCAUCACCUGUGCCUUUAUCUGAACAAACUCCCGAUCCGACAAGAGCGACGCCCCUUUGAUGCUUUCUUUGACCCUUGAACUUGCUGUUUAAACCGUAGCAAGGUUUGCACUUUAUUCAUAUUUCUUAUUACUGUUUUUUUUUUUUUUUUUUUUUUUUGGUCUGUUUCUUGUGAUGUAAGAAAAACAAAAUCACAAAAUUAUUAACACUAAGACUCUUGAUGCAAAUCUCUGAGAGGACCCUUUUUGAUAAACUUUGGAUAAUAAGAAGUAUUUCAUGUUUUUUUUUUGUUUUGUUUUUUUUUGAUUUGUUACUUGACUGUAAACCUGAACACGUCUUUGUGUGUGCAUGUGUGUGUGUGUGUGUGUGUGUGAGUGUGUGUGCGUGGAUGGAACAAAACAGAAAGAGGCAGAGAAGGAGAGAAAAUGUUAGCUCAAGAGAGAUUGUUUAUUUAUGCGGCUAUUUAUUUAAAUAAAGUUCACUUCCUAAACAA